ACAACUGAUAACUCCACCUGCCUGCCGACGGUGGCGUUGCCGGCGCUCUGCGAGACUGUGACAUGUCUCGGGGCGACGGCCGAACCCAUCGCCAUGGCUUGGCUUCCGUGGCUGGUGUGGACUGUGGCUUUCUGUCUCAUGUUGGCUGUCGCCAUCGGCGGCAACAGUGUCGUCUGCUGGAUCAUUCUAGCCCACCGGCACAUGCGAACCGUGACCAACUACUUCUUAGUCAACCUGAGCGUGGCAAAUCUGCUCAUGUCCUGUCUCAACUGCUCCUUCAACUUCAUCUACAUGCUGAACACGGACUGGCCAUUCGGCAACACCUAUUGCAUCAUCAGCAACUUCAUGGCCAACCUGACGGUGGCGGCCAGCGUCCUGACACUGAUGGCUAUCGCCCUGGAAAGAUACGUCGUGAUCCUCCACCCGCUUCGGAGACGUCUGAGCAAACGAGGUGCUGUCGGCGGAAUGAUUGGAAUUUGGACGGCCAGCGCUCUGCUGUCGGCCCCUUGCCUGCUCUACUCACAUGUCGUCACGCAUGUGUUCAGCGGCGGUGAGAUCAAGCGGGGCUGUCUGGUGGAGUGGCCCGGCGACCCAGAGGUCAAAUCAUUCUCCGACUACGUGUACAACAUGGUAUUCCUGAUAACCACUUACGUGCUGCCGAUGCUGGCCAUGGCUGUAUCCUACGUCAUCAUCGGUAAGUGGAAGAACCAGGAGAAUGUAGAACCAGUGAACUAG